AUGAACAUACGGAAGAUGAAGGAUAUUGUAACCCUGCUGAUGGAUGAGGAUUCGUAUGUGCCAUCGACGGACAGCGAGUUCAAUGAACUCAAAAACGCCAUCGAGGUAGACAGGAGACCCGACAAGAAUGGGAACGCUGGCUGCAAAGGCCACGGAUGCUGCAAUAUCACGUUUCUAUGGCCUACCAAAGAGAGUAUUUUCGUAGUCGGAGGGAAAAUUCCGCAGCACGAGGGCUCAACUUUAGUUGACGAGCUUCUGGUAGGCGAACAGCUCUGGCGUGAACAGGCACCCCUCAGCGGUCGACGCCGAGAUCAUGCAGCCGCAGUUAUUAAGGUUGAUGACGCCGCACAACAGGAAGGUGACGAGAAAUUAUUAAUUGGCGUUUUUGGUGGAUGCUUUAAAGAAGGGGACACCUGGACAUAUCUCGCCUCAUGUGAAGUGUAUGAAGUUAGUCAAAAUAGUAUUACAUCUUCCUCUCUUGUCAUCAACAGAUGGCACAAAUUGCCCAAUCUGCGACAGAUGAGGAGCGGUCCAGCUGCUGCGAGCCUGCCCGGUGCCAAUCGUGUCUUCGUUUUCGGUGGUCGGGAUGACACCCACGUAUAUUCUUCCGUUGAGUUUUGUUAUCUGCGUGCCAACUGGGAGUAA